UUGCAGAGUUCUGAACGCACUGAAGUUGGCAGAAACGAGAGCGCAGGAUCAGCAGGCAUUGACUUUAAUCAAGUUGAGGCCUGGUUAACAGUGGAAAUCUGCCUCAGUGAGGCGCUUAUUCCAGCAAGGACGAAAGCGUCGGCGGUGGCGGAUGUGGCCGCAGUGCUUGAGGCAGCCCGACCUGAUGUAACGCCAAAUACCGAUUUACAAAAGAAAUUUUUGAACGACCUGCAAGUUUACCUUCUGAAGGAGACUCGCAAAGCCUUGAGGCUGCUGGCAGGGCGGUGCCUUGAGACCGAGGAUGCUCCUGCGGUGGGAGGCCUUAGUGAGGUCAAUUUGCGCAUUUUCGCGCAGGAGGCCGAAUUUUUCGGCAAUCUUUCCUGGGCAAACUACUACUUACAGGCUUUUUUUUUCAAAUCUUACAGUUUGGUAAAUCUUGGAAUUGUGCUUGCUGGAUUGGUUGAAUUGGAUGCGGCGAAACGGAUUUUGGAAGACGCGUCAGACAUUCACAAUUCUAGUGCUACUGUUUGGAUCAUCUUGGGUAAGGUGAACGUAGAUUCGGUCUUCUACGAAUUGAUUGACGAUAAUUGGAACCGCAAACGUGCUCUCGACAUGCUGAGUCGAUUAAGGUCUUCCCACGGCACAAACCACUCGCCAGGAGACUGCGAAUCGCAGAGCGAAAUCGGACAGCCUGACCACCUGCCGAAAUACGAGCACUGUACUGAAUUGGUUGAGACCAUUGACUGGUUGCUGGAGUUAAACGCUUUUUCAUUUGCUGACAGGGGACUCGCUAGGCUGUUGAUACAUUUGAAGGAAUACCGAUCAGUUUGUACGAAUCCUGGCUCCGAAGACUGUGCGCCUGGUGACCUUCGACUGCCCAAUCACGUUCCAAGGUCAAGUAGGUGCUACAGGAGUUACAUGAACGACCUCGCCGCCUACCACCGACAAGCUGCACGUCUUCUUAUGCGAUGCGUCGCCGGACCCAAGCAGCAUUGUAAGGCAGAACUCGAACUCAGGGCGUCAGUCGAGGCACAGCCAGAAAGUGCGGAGAGUUGGUGUUGGCUUGGGAGGCUGCGUUGCCUUCAGACGAACUGGACAGAAGCCAUUAAGUGUUUUGAAACAGCACAGCAACUGCAGACCUGGCCAGUUAGACAGCAUCGGCUGGUUCAAAUGCAGCUGGCCCGUUGUUACCUGGAUAGCGGCUUAUUUCAGCAGUGUAAAAUGCAGUUUCUCGACUGCUGCAGUCAGCAGGCGACUUCUGAGUCGUGGAAGGGAGUUGGAUUGGCUUGUUACCGCGUACGUAACCUGUGGUGCCUCAAUCAACUUCCUGUGAAUCUGUUUCAGCUGAACGAGUUGGAAGAAGCUCAGGUGGCUUUUGAAGAAUCAAAUCGCUUGAAUAACCGCGACGCGGAGGUGUGGGCCUACCUGGCUAUUUUGUGUCUCAAGGCUAACAAACCAACUCAUGCUGAAAUGUGUCUUCAUUACGUCAACUUGACGAUGACAUUGAUCAUGAAGCAGAUCGGGCCAACUCCUUGUGUCUCCUCUACUGCGAGCAUGUCGGCAUUUCAGCCAAUUGUCGCCCUCCACCACAAGCGCAACAACAAGAAAGACGAGAAGAAUGCGGAGACGGCUACAGAGCACUGGACCCAACACAGAUUGUGGACUUGCUUUCUCGUGAAUCCAGACUUGUCACGAGUACUGCACUGCCCUUGUGCUCGCUCCGUGCACUUUCCCACCGCUCCUAACUGUGUCUUCUUUUUCUUCCUCGUUGUUGUCAUCGCCGUCAUCGUUGCAUAG